AUGAAUGCGCAGAACAUCGUUUCGGCUUGGAGUGAUUUAAUUGCAAAUAAUUCAACCGUUACACAACCGUCUCCGAUUACAUCACAGGAGCGACAAAUGGCUGAACAUCUAGCUGACACUGUUAAAUUAAUGGCCAGUGGACAAAAAGUUGAUUACGUUGAAGAAACAACUUUAGAUUUCGGCCAUUAUACCGACGAUGAAGAGAGUGGAGAGGAGGAAAAAUCCAUGCUGGAUGAGAAAGAAAGUGAAGAAAUGGAUGAAGAUUGGAAGGACAAAGAAUUAGCUUUAGAAAAAUAUAAUUUAAGAAGCUUUUCACAAGAGUUUAUGCGUCAAGUUAUCGAUUUUAUUGAUCAUGCAGGUCCGGGAAGUAAACAUGGGAAAUCUUGGAAAGCCAUUCAUCACCGAUUUCGAAUAAUCCCAAACCGAAGUUAUAUUCCACAUUUUCGAAAAUGUUUGGAAUAUCAUGGAACAAAGCGACAGAAGACUGAAGAUCUGGACAGUUUAGUUUACAAAAAGUUAGUUGGUGCAAGACAAAAGAAUCUCGUUGUUCAUGAUUUGGAUAUCCAGCGAUGGGGUUUAAAGAUAGCUAAAGAAAUGAAGCUCGACGAUUUUCAUGCUUCUCGUGAUUAG